AAUUAAGGCCCAUAGAAAGCCCAGUUGUGACCUUUGUGAGAAGACAGAGACAAAGACAAAGGGAAACACUGUUGUGUCUCAAUACCACUCCUCGCGAAUCUGAGAUUGUCGGAAGAUUCGAUCGAAUUGGGGGGUUAGGGUUUUUCGCUGCCGACGAAGUGCUUAAUAAUCUGAUCAAUGACGCCGCCUCCAGGACUUUACUCCGGUACCAGCACUCUUGCCCUGGUGGCUCGUGCUUCGGCUUUCGGACUGGGUCUCAUCUACGGCAACGUCAAGCUCAAGGCUUUGAAGAUAAAGAAGAACUCACAGAUUAAGGCUGAAGCCAAGGCUCAUCACUAAGCACCAAACAUCUUUCUCUCCCUCCAAAAUAAGAUGAUGAAGCCAAGUGAACGUUCUCCACAAAUGUAGCUGUUUCUUCUUCUUGAGCUAUAUCUCUCUUGGUGACAUUUUCGGUUUUUUCUGUUUUCUUUUUGGCUAUCGUUGACGAAGAAGAGCAUAAACUUUUGUCUGAAAAAGCAAUCAUAGUACCAUUUUUAUUUAAACCCGAUGCUAUGAACACCAUAUGUUUAUCAUUUUAACAAGAUUGGUUCAGUGACCUA